CACGCACUCCAACACAGUCACCCUGAAAGGGCGGCCGGAGCUUCGGAAGCAGACACCUCCUCAGGAAGCAUAUAAUGGCUUUGAACGAAGUGAGCUGGGCUGUGAACUUCGUCUCCUGAUGAGCUGUACGUUUUACUUGUUGCAAUGACUACUUAGAGUUAUCGUCAGUGUUGCUGAUAUUCCUUGUGCAUCUCUGAGAAGUUUCGAGCUGAGGAAAAGAAAGGCAGGUUGCAGCCUUACAGAGACGAGAGAGAGAGAGAGAGAGACAGAUGGAUGAGAAGAAUGAUAUGGAUAAGAUGGAUGAAGUGAUGCUGCCUGGGUUUAGAUUUCAUCCAACUGAUGAAGAGCUUGUUGCUUUCUAUUUGAAGAGGAAGAUCCAGCAAAAAAAUCUCUCCAUCGAGCUUAUCAAGCAACUGGAUAUCUAUAAAUACGAUCCCUGGGAUCUUCCAAAGUUGGCAACUACGGGAGAGAAAGAAUGGUAUUUCUACUGUCCAAGGGAUCGUAAAUACAGGAACAGUACGAGACCUAACCGAGUGACAGGUGCUGGAUUUUGGAAAGCCACAGGAACCGACCGCCCUAUCUAUUCCUCUGAAGGAACCAAGUGCAUUGGUUUGAAGAAAUCCCUUGUGUUCUACAAGGGAAGAGCUGCCAAAGGUAUUAAAACGGACUGGAUGAUGCAUGAAUUCCGGCUGCCAUCUCUAUCUGACUCGGUUCCUCCUAAGAAGACGACCCCUAUGGAUAAAAACCUUCCUGCCAAUGAUUCAUGGGCGAUUUGCAGGAUUUUCAAGAAAACGAACUCCAUAGGACAGAGAGCUCUCUCUCACUCCUGGGUCUCUCCGUUACCUGAGACAGCCAGAUCUGAUAUACGCAGUCAAGCUGCCGCACAUUACCCUCAGUUCAGUCCAGAGAAUAUAUCUUGCACAACUGAAGCGGGAUCAUCAGCUGUUCAUCAGUUUGGUUUUAAUAAUGACCUGCACCAGUCCUCCACUACCUGCAGUAGUCACUCUGCUCUAGAUGCACCAUCUUACAAAUCCAUUAAUCAGCAAGCGUUCUCUAAAACAUCCCUGCUUCCCUUUUCAAAUGGAGAUCUUCCUUCAGGCUUCACGUUCUCACCACUUGAAAUUUCAGGAGCUGGGAAGUGUACAAUUGAUGCUGCUUCUAUGCUUUUAAAUCUUUCACCUGUCAUAAUGGGGGAUGUUGGUAAAACCUCCGACAGUAUAGAUUUUGGAGGAACACAACAACAGCUCAACGGCUUCUCGAUCUCUUUACCACAGGAAAUGCAAGGGCACAUGGGCACAGGUGUAGAAGAGACAUGCUUGAGGAAGAAUUCAAAUAUUUCCUAUGUUAAUAACCAGCAGUGGGAAAAUGUUCGAACCAUUGGCUUUCCCUUCAGUUUGCCUUCAAGCACGUUUGAUGCAUGGAAGCCCAAUUUUCCAUGGGAUUCUUCCCCAUGUCCUAGUGAGAUGUCAACCAGUUAUUCCACAAACAAGUGCUACACUUGAUCAAUUAAAUUGCUUUACAAAGAAUACCUAUAUUCUAGCUUUGAGUCAGUUAGUAUGGAGCAUUUCUUAGAAACAUUUUUUUACAGUAUUUACUGUACAGUCUUUCCUUUAAUCAAAAUUAUG